AUGGCUCACAGUUACAAGCGCGUAGAACGUUUUCUUGAUGCAGCUCGAGAACCAACGAAAGAAUUGAUCCCUAUUGAAGGCUAUGAAAAAACACAUUUGAUGACACUAGAACAAUCCUUGCAACCCAUGCUUGGAAAGCUUCAUAACCUCGAGACAAUGAUCAAGAUAGCUAUGCGAAAUUCACGCAAGCCAGCAAAUGGACUUACUUCAGAUGAGUCGGCCGCAAUUCAUCUACAUACAAUGCAGUGGCCUGAAACAUAUGCCAGUCUUUACGUCACUCUGAAUGAAGCACUUCGCUGUGAAAAUCGAGAAUGUCUCAUACCAUGGUUUCCAUACCUAAAACUAUUUUUUACUGCAUUGUACAAACUACCAUCAUUUAAAGGCACAAUUUGGCGUGGUGUUCGUGGUAAUUUCAGUGGGAUGUUUGAUGAAGAUAUAAUAUGGUGGGGAAUGAGCUCUUGUACUGAAAAAUCCUCAAUGAUUGAAAACUUUCUGGGUGUCGAUGGUGAGCGAACUUUGCUCAAGAUUGAUUGUGUCAAUGGCAAAGCUAUUCAAGCACAUUCUUAUUUUGAGAAAGAGGAAGAAAUUUUACUCAUGCCUGGCACCUAUCUUCAGAUAGUUGGUAAAAUCAGACCGUCCAAAAACUUAAAUGUCGUUCAUUUACAAGAGGUAUCUGGCCCGUAUCAAACAAUUGCAGCACCAUUUGAUACAUCGUUAGCUUCAAGUAAUUUACAUUCUCUGGAACCGCUGGAAAUAUCGAAGAAGCCAAUGAAAGCGUUAACUGCUCCUAUCACAUGUGCAAAUAAAUAUAGUGAGAUUAUUUUUUUCCUUUUUUCUUUAAACUUGAGUCGAUGGUGUUUUUGA